AUGCCUCCUCGCACCGUCACCAGUCCCAAGAAGAAAAGGUCCAAGCGCAAAGGAUCUGAUGCUUCAAAGGCUGGCUUGCCCAAGAAGACUUGGGCUGCAGACGUUGCUGAAGUACCCGGCGCGGUACCUCUUGUAUCCCUUGGCCUCACUGCAGCAGAAGUGAGAGACAAUGCACCCUGGCGUUCUGGCCGCCCUAAUGCUGGAACUGGAGUCAAUCCUCAAGCCCCAGAACCACGUCGUAAAGGUCGAAAGAAGUCUUCAAAGGAGGUUCCUCCACCGUAUAGCUCACAUCUAGAUACCCAUCCAGAUGUCCCAGCCAUGGAUAUCGUUCACACAGGGCCCAGCUUUACAUUGCAGCAACCUGGUGGAAGGUUUGGAUUUGCUACUCCAAGCACUACAGAAAUCGCUCAUUCCGAUACUACCGAGCUCAAUCUUCAGGCAUCGAACGACCCAUAUGUCGCCAUUAGGACAAAGGUCGUUGAGCAGUGCACUCCUGAUGCUAUCGCUGAGCAGAGUGCUAGGGACGCAAUCGCAGAGCAUCCGGUAUUGCCAAGGUCCGUGUUUUUGGAGCAGAACUUGGAUCCAGCCCUACGCCAGGAGGAUGACGCUGUUAGGGCUCAGUAUCGUUUGAGGCUGCUAGGAUCCGAGGAGCACAGUGACUCCAAAGGCAGUAGCAGCAGUGGUGAUAAUGACGACAGCGACGAUGAAGAUGCCGAUGAAGAGGACGACAAAAAGGACAAAGAGGAGGGCGAUAAAAACGACACGGUUAAGGGCUUGCAGGAUUUUGGUUGGGGGGAGGUUGGCCGACGCCAGAAAGAACAUCCAGGAUUUUUAGAAGAUGCACUACCUUCGCAACCUGCAGUCGCUCGCGCUCUCACACCUGAAUUUGAAUUCCAGUACUCGCGCAAUGAAGAUGACGUGAUUGCCCAAAUGAGCCUUGAUAAAACCUCACAGAACAAAAGCUCUAAGGGCCCUCCGGACAGCUCACCAGGACUGCAAGGGCAACGGUCCCAACACAUGGAGACCAUUACCUCAAAGCCCGACGACGUAUUGCAAUGCCACCAUAAGAAAAAUGGAAAGCCCCGCCUUCCUGAGCCUGAAUCCUUCAAACUAUUGGAUCAAGUGACCGAGUCUAGUGUUCAGCCAUCGAAAAACAAAAAAUCCAGGUCAUCGCAUGGUGGGCCAACGCCCGAUCAAUUAUCUUGGUACGGGCCACGCUGGAAACAUUUUCUGAAGGAUGCCAAAGCAGAAUGUUGUGUGCAACACGCCCUGGAGAACCCGUUUCCAACUUUGGUGAAGAAUCUACCAGGAACAAUAACUGAAGUUCUUGUUGCAGUGUUGGUCGUGUGGGAUACAAACGGCAAACAAUUUGAAGCUGGCAAGGGUUUGGCCAGAGCAAAAAUUCAAUAUGACUCGCUGUACGACAAUCUUUCAACUUGGCGAUCUGACUUGAAGAAGACCGCCAUAAGCACUGUACCAGUAUCAUAUUUGCUUGUUCCUCCGCUUUCAGUCCCCGUUCAAGAAUGUGCUGCUUGGAUCGAACAUGCUGCAGCUGAAUUAAUCAAAGGAUCAUUUUUCUUACGGUUUGGGGUGGAUGAACAGGGGAGAACACGAAACUUUGCUCAUCCUGCCCUUCAUGAAACCGUCAUCUCAUUCUUCUACACAGGACCAUACCAAAUUGUGCGAAGGAUGCCGGAGAUCUUCCACACGGAAUUGCCGCUGUCAUGUUUGGCUUUGGUUGCUGCAGCAUUCAAUUGUGUCCUCGACGGCCUUGCAAAGAAUGGACACGGAAAGUCAUACCCGAAUUUUUCCACAAAGGACUAUGGACCUAUCUAUCGUCGGAUGCUGGAAUUGCUCAAAUGUAUCCUCAAGGAUGUGUAUCAUGGGCCUAGGCUGUUAGCUCAACUGCAAGAAUGGGCUGCAGCAGGAUGGCAAGGAUCUUGA